CCGGGAAGUUCCGUGCAGCAACAAACUGCCCCGCCACCCACCGCCCGCGCCAGCGCAUGCGAGCGCGCCACGGUUUGGUUGGUGCGCCCCUUUCCGAUCCGGGCCCGGCGGCGCUGACACGCGCCCGAACCACGCUCAGCCUCAGUUCCUCCCUCCCUGCCGCGCCGCCGCCGGCCUGUGAAACGGACGCUCGGUCAAGGCAGGCGGGGGCGAGUCAGAGGGGGAUCCCGCGCAGUUCGCCGGCAGCGAACGGCCGCGCGCCGCGCAGCCGCAUGGCUUCUAGUAGAGGCCGCGACCGCGAGGCAGGAGGAGGCAAGGCCAGAACGCGGCGCUGCCUCUUUUGUCUCUGCUCCGCUCCGCGGAUCGCACGCGUCCGUCGGCUCGGGCUCGGACGGCCGGGAUCGCAUCGCGUCGCGUCGCCGCGCCGCGCGCACCCCCGCCGCAUUGAACCCCCGCGUGCGUGCGUGCGCGAGGAGGCGCCCGCAAUAAAUCGAGGCGCUCCUGCGCGGCCUGUGCGGCGUCGCUGCCACUUGCUCCGUCGUCAUCGACUCCUAGUCCCUGGGGGAGUGGCCGAGUGGGUGGGGGGAACUUCGCUGCGGGGCGGCGCUCUCAAGUCGACGGCGGGGUUUGGCCCACUGUUGGAGCAGUAGUUUUUAUGUUAGUUCCCAAUACGAGAUUUUUGGGAUGUGUAUUGAGCACUCUUGGAGAUGCUCUUAGCGUGGAAAGGUUGGGGAUUUUGUGGGUUCUGUUUCCUCGUUUCUCCAUUUCAAGAGUGUGGAAGGGAUUCACGCGAAGUACGGGAGGUGGUUGUGGGGGUCAGAGUGCGUGAGGGUUUCCUCUGCAGAUCCUCCCUUCCUUCCGUUUGCGAGAAGAUUUGAUCCGUUGGUUUUAAACGAAGAUCGUGCUGUUGAUAUUUCGUUUAUCUUUUCGCACAGUUGGGUCAAAUCGCGCGAUUUUUAACCUUGGUUUUGAGGCAUUAUGGUUUAUGGCCGCAGACACUAGUUCUCUCCAAUGCUGGAUGCUGGAUGUGCUAUCCGAAAGAUAGGGAUUAUGCAUGGUUUCAGGAUAUAAGCCUACGGCAUAUUCUUUCUUUUUCAUGCAAAGGCAUUGGGAUAAGAUUCCCCGCCUUUUGAUUUGGAUAAGCCUGAUGGGAAUUUUCGCAACAUGUACACUAGAGGAUUGAUAGAUUCUGAGGAGUUUUCCCUUUUUGUUUUUUCCCCUCCUGUCUCGCAUCAGAUUUUGUGGAUAUGUUCUGACUGAUGUUGAUGCUGGGAAUUUUGUGCUUUGUGAUCAUAAUUUUUUUGAUGUUUGCUCCACUGAGCAACCUUUGUAAUCUGCUCUACAAACAGAGUUUCCUAGAGCCUGUGUUCUUCGUGCUAACUCUAGUGAAUGUCUGUUUUACUGAUGCAGUGAAGUGCGUGAUUAAGUGCAUCUGAACCUACGUCAGUUGUGUAAACGCACCUGGAUGCAAUGGAGGGCGGUGUCAAUGUUGCAGAUAAGGCAGAAUUCAAGGAGUGCCUGCGGCUGACAUGGACACAACCUUAUAUCCUCCAGCUUGUGUUGUCUGCUGGGAUCGGUGGUCUGCUUUUCGGAUAUGAUACAGGUGUCAUAUCUGGAGCACUUCUGUACAUUCGAGAUGAUUUUGCUGCGGUAGAAAAGAGCACUGUAUUAAGGGAAACAAUUGUCAGUAUGGCUGUUGCUGGAGCUAUAGUUGGAGCUGCAUUGGGUGGCUGGAUGAAUGAUAAGUUUGGAAGGAGGCCUUCCAUCAUAAUUGCGGAUGCCCUGUUCUUUAGUGGUGCCUUGAUCAUGGCAUUUUCCCCAACACCUACGGUAAUCAUUGUUGGGAGGGUCUUUGUUGGUCUUGGAGUUGGAAUGGCUUCCAUGACAUCUCCUCUCUACAUCUCCGAAGCCUCCCCUGCUAGAAUCAGAGGUGCUCUUGUAAGCACAAAUGGUCUUCUCAUCACUGGAGGCCAGUUCUUGGCGUACCUCAUUAAUCUAGCCUUUACUAAGGUGCCGGGAACCUGGAGAUGGAUGCUUGGCAUUGCAGGGCUUCCUGCCUUGGUCCAGUUCAUACUGAUGCUGAUGCUGCCAGAAUCACCAAGGUGGCUUUACAGGAAGGGUAGGAAAGAGGAAGCUUCAGAAAUCUUGCGGAAGAUUUACCCUGCAAAUGAGGUCGAGCAAGAGAUUGAUGCCAUGCGCCAGUCUGUCGAAGAAGAGGUGCUCCUUGAGGGUUCCGUCGGCGAGCAUAGCCUGAUUGGGAAGCUGAGGAAGGCGCUGGGCAGCAAGGUGGUCCGCCGGGGGCUAAUGGCCGGCGUCAUCGUCCAGGUCGCGCAGCAGUUCGUGGGCAUCAACACCGUCAUGUACUACAGCCCCACGAUCGUGCAGCUGGCCGGCUUCGCGUCCAACAACACGGCCAUGGCGCUGUCCCUCAUCACCUCGGGCCUGAACGCCAUCGGCUCGGUCGUGAGCAUGUUCUUCGUGGACAGGAUCGGCCGGAGGCGCCUGAUGCUCAUCAGCCUGGUCGGCAUCAUCGUGUGGCUCGCCGUGCUCGGCGGCACGUUCCUGGGCGCCGCGCACCACGCCCCGCCCGUCAGCAACGUCGAGACCCGGCUGUUCGCCAACCAGACCCAGACCUGCCCCGAAUUCAACCCCAGCGUCAGCUGGAGCUGCGUGAACUGCCUCAAGGCCGCCUCCACCUGCGGCUUCUGCGCCCACCAGGGAGACAAGCUGCUUCCGGGAGCGUGCUUGGCGCUGAACGACGCGUCGCGGCGGACGUGCCGCGCGGACCAGCGGGAGUUCUACACGGAGGGGUGCCCGAACAACUUCGGGUGGCUGGCGCUGAUCGGCCUGGGCGCGUACAUCGUCUCCUACUCCCCCGGCAUGGGCACGGUGCCGUGGAUCGUCAACUCGGAGAUCUACCCGCUGCGGUUCAGGGGCAUCUGCGGCGGCAUCGCGGCUGUCGCCAACUGGGUCUCCAACCUCAUCGUGACGCAGACGUUCCUGUCCCUGACCAAGGCGCUCGGCACGUCGGUCACCUUCUUCCUCUUCUGCGGCGUCUCCUUCCUGGCGCUCGUCGUCGUCUUCUUCACCGUGCCGGAGACCAAGGGCCUGCAGUUCGAGGAGGUGGAGAGGAUGCUGGAGCGCAAGGACUACAAGCCAUGGAAGAGGUACCAAGGCGUCAGCGACGUCGAGCCGGCAAAAAACAGUGAAGAAGGCCUCACUGCACCAUGAAUUCACAUGAGCUUCGUUCGUCUAGAUGCAAGUAGCAAUAAUUCGUAGUUUAUAAUAUAGGUUAUCUGCUAAUCUCGUUUAGAUAUUCAAGAAAGAAAAGAUGAAUAGUCAAACUCCAGUUUAUGAAAAUGUGAAUAUGUGAUAUAUAUGCUUGAUUGUUGCUACUCA